AUGAAGUUCCUUGUGUUUAUACUUUUCAUAGGAUUGGUGUCUACAUCCCUUGGGAAUCCUGAUUCGUCUCUGUCACUGCGCCAACGUCGUGACGUCGACAUUUUGGCGAACACUAAGGGUCUCAUACAAGAAUUAAUAACAAAUCUUCAAAAUUCUGCUCAACAAGCGAGGGCUGCCAUAAAAACUUUUAUUAAGGGUAUUCAGCAACAGAUAACACUCUUUAAACAAAAGGUUCAACAAGAUUUACAAAAAUUGAAAGACAGCAUCCUAGAAUCUAUCAAGAACAUAACCAACAAAAUUACAUCAACUGGACCGGCCAUUAUCGGAUGCAUCAAGAAUGGCCGCGAAGCAGUUGAACAAUUAUUUGCAAAGGCUCACGAAAAGUCUAACAAAUGUGCCGAUGAUAGAGUUUUGUACAUUAACAAAAUGGUGGAUGAUCUAUCUUCCUUAUGCGAUGGUGCUGCUAAUUAUACAAGUAUCGCUGUGAAAAGUAUGCAAAGCUGCAACGAGAAUAAUUCGGGACUCUUAAGCGUAGGACGCUGCCUCGGAAGUCUAGUAGUCAAAACGGAAUACAAGGGAGUGAUGUUCGCUGCACAGAGUUCUCUCAUGAUUUCGCGAAUCAACUUAUCUCUCGUGACGUUGCCGGCUGCUUUGGAAGUGUGCUCUGGAACAAGUCUACUCUCAAUUGGCUCCGAGGCCAGAACAAUCGUGUCUGAUGUGGCCACUUGUUCCUUUUCUUCUAUUUUUUCUUCACCAAAUUCUUCUUCAUAAACACACUU